GUUAAUCGCUAUCAAAUAAAUUAUUAUGAACAAUUUUUAUUUUGUUUUCAAAAUUCUUAAAUUUGAAUUUGACCUUACAUCUCAAUAGUCAAUUAUUCGUCAUAUUAUCUUUAAACGUGAUGUACAGCUUAGACCAUAUUAGGUUUAAAGUAUUGCAAAAUUAAUUUGCUUGAUCAUAGGCUACAGAGCUUAGUUUACUAUGCACAAUACAAAUAGAUUGGACGGCGUUAAACAAAAGUGAUGAAUAGUUGGAUGAUUAUGUACACUUGGGAAGUUUACGGUAAUUUGAAUUAAAAAUUUUUACGACUGUGAAACAAUUAUGAACGUUAUAAAGUCAGAUGAUAAACUUGUGUUGAAAUCUUCUAUACAAGAUCCAUUGAAGCAUUCAUGCAUAGAAUAUUGUGUGGAAAAACGCAAAAAAUGUUCCAACACGGAAUACUUUAUCAUCGUCAUGUCAAUACUAAUAGCAAUAUAUUCAUAUUUAAGCAAUUCUAUAGUUAUAUGUCCAAAAAAUAUUUUUAUUAUUGCAAUUUUCUUGAUUAUAUUUGCAUUAUGGUUUAGUUUUAAAGUUUCAAAUGAAUCAUUGCUGAUAACAGCUCCCAUUGGAUUACAAUUAACCACAACUUAUAUAACUGGACAUCAAAGGGUAUUUUCAUUACCUUGGGAAAGUAUUAUUGAUGUACUUAUUGUUGACAUUAUUCAUACUCAAAAAGUAUUAUACUUCUUGGCAAUUAAAACACCCCAAAAUGGGAUAGUAACAUUAUUUCAGAAAAGUGCACCAAGGAUACAUUUUUUAGAAAUAAUAUACAAGGAUGUUUACAGACUAUUGGAAAACAACAAAUGAAAUGACUAGCAGAUAUCAGA